AUGUCUAUAAGUAGUAUUAAAUUCAAAAGUCAUUUUGCUCUAAAAAUAAAACUAAAAUCUUUGCAUUUUUCAUGCAAAAACUUCAGUAACAUAACAACGUUAAAAGUAAAAAUUUUUUAUGAAGAAGAAGAUGAAGAAAAAAUAUCCAAUGUAUCAGAAAGAGUUCAAAUAAUUGAAAUGUUGAAUAAUGAAUACAAUUUAAUGUUUAAAGAUAAUAUAAAUAAAAAUUUCUAUUUACCAGUUGUUUGCUUAAAUGGGAAAUGUCCAGAAUUUAUAAAUGUUAUUUUUAACAAUCAAAAAAGGAAAGAUAUUGGAUUAAAAUUAUACUUAAAUAAAUAUUAUAGCUUUUUAAAAUAUUAUAGCUCAUAUAAAAUGUACAAAAUAUAUAAAUUCAACAAUAGUAACGUAAAAGGUCAUGUUGAAUUGGCUAUAGAUUUAGUUAGUUGCGAGAAUCCUUUCAAUUAUUUUGGAAAUAAAAAAGAAAAUAUGGAACAAAAUGAUUACUAUACUUUAGCAACUAAAGUAUCCGUUAGCAAAUUAAAGAAAGAAAUGAUGAUAUUUAAAACUGAUAAAGACAUUGAUAUGCAUAUAGAAUCUUUUAAAAUAAUUCGAAAGAAUCGUAUUAAAGAAGUUCCACUAUCAAAUAAGCAAAAUGUACUUAAUUUUUUUUCUUCCUCUUCUAAAAAUAUAUAUGAGAAAAUGCCAAUUCCUUUGAUACCAUCUUCCAAUUUAUUUGAUAUUCUUUUCUUAGAAAUAUUUCCUCAAUAUAGACAAAAAAAACCAUAUUGGCUAAAAAUUGUUAAUGAUGCUUAUGACUUAUAUUUGUGUAAUCAUUUCCACUGCUAUAACAUGGAUAUGGAAAAUCUUUUUUAUGAGGAAAUAAAAACAUGUUCUCUAUUCUUUUACCUAGAAAGUAUAUUUGUUAAAAUAGCGGCAAAUUUUGCAAAAAGUGUAAUAAUUCAAGAAUAUACGAAAUACACUUCUUUUAGAUAUGUUGAUAAACUAUUUUCUAAAAAAGCCAAACCACAACAUAAAACAGUGUUUAAUCAUAAUUUUAAAUACGAAAAAAUAAUAGGAAAUAAUCCCUUAGAAAUUUUUAAGCUUUUUAAAAAUGAUGAAAUAUAUGUAACAAAUGACACUGACGUUAUUAGAGAAGGAUUAAUAGGAAUUUUAAUAUUUGGAGAUGAUAAAAUGGAUAUAGAUAAUGCUUAUAAAAAAUAUAAUAGUGAAAUAAAAGCACAACAAUGGAUAAACAAAGGAAUAGCUCAAGUUAAAAUUGAAAAUUUAAAAGAAUUAAAAAAAAAAUUCAAACAAAAUAUAAAUAAUGAAAGAAUAUCCCUAUCUAUACUAUCUUUUAAUUUAAGCACUAUUGUAUCAUAUAAAGGAUUUAAAAUGUAUGUCAUGCCAUCUCCAAUUUUUCCUUUGGUUAUAACUAAAUUAAAUGAAAUUGAAGGGAAUCUAAAAUAUGAAUUGAAGUUAUUAGAAAAACUUAUUCCUACAUACAGCUUAUUCAAACAAGAUCAUUGCAAAAAUACAUUUUUUGUACAAUAUGAUUCACAAAAUAAUUAUGUCUUUUAUAAUAUUAAUUCUAUGCUGAUCAAAUCAAAUAAAAAUAAUUUUUCAUUUUUUGGAAAUUCUAAAUUAGAAUAUUACGACAAUGAGAAGAGUGACAACUUUUAUCAAGGAAAAUCAUUCCAUUCAAGUUUUCUGAAGAUAUCUAAUAAUAUUAACUUUUAUGAAGAGGUAAAUGAAUAUGACGAAUGUAAAAGUAAUUAUGACAAAUUACUAGAUAUUCAUCUACAAAAUGUUGUAAGAGAUAUAGAAAGCUUAUCAUUUCAUGUUCCAUUUGAUAGUAUCUCUUUAAAAACAUUUCUACAUAGUAGAGGAGUAAAAAUGAAACAGUUAGGAAAAAUGUUGAAAUUUGUAACAUUUAAAUGGUUGUAUAAUAUGAUUUAUAACGAAAUAUUAAUUCGAUGUAUUAAGAAUUUUAUAUUCUAUUGCAUAAGAGAAAUAUGUAUAUUCUAUAAGAAAAAUAUAAAUAAUUAUUUAUUUGAUGAGUUUCAAAAAUAUGGAAAUAAAUUCAAAAAACAACAAUCCAUAUUUUUGAAAAAUUUAAAAUUAAAAAAUAAAACAGAUAUUUUUAAUGAAAAUAAUGACAAAGAAGAAAUAGAAGGGAACAUACUAAGUUCCUCUAAUGAAUGUGAUGAAUUGGAGAAUUCAGAAAAUUAUGAAUCAUUUAGUAGUAAUUCAAGAUCAUCAAUAAAUUCAGAACAAAUAUACCUACCAAGAAAUAAUGUUCAAAAAAUGCAUCUAUCUUCAAAGAAAAAAGCAUUAAAAACAUUUUUAAAUAUAUCUAAAAUACUUAAAAAAAAGAUGAUCUUAGAAAAUCAUUUAGAUUGCAACUUUUCCUUAUCUUCUAAACUUUUAAACUUUUAUCGUUUUAAAAAAUAUACCAACACUGAAAUGUACAGCGUAAAAAAUUUAAAUAAUAAAGAGACAAAGUUAGAUAUUUUAAAUCUGAUUAAAAAGAAAUAUAAAGGAAAUAUAACUGUUAUUGAUAUGUUUAUAAUAAAUGUUUUUAAUUUAAUAUUAACACAUAAUCAUUAUAUAGAAAAUAUAUUAGUAGUGGUGAAAAAAUUAUGUGCAAAAUUAUUUAAUAUUAAAAAUUUUAGUUUUAUAGAAUUACAUCAUAAUUAUAUAUAUGAGAACUUGCAGAAAUGUUUAGGUAUUCUUUUUUUUCCAUCUUUAUUAGAAUAUGAUGAAAAAAUAAAAAAAGCAAAUAGAAUUUUUGAAUUACAUCAUUUAAAAUCAUAUAAUAUUAGAAUAAAAAGAUCUAUUAAUAUUAUGUACAUUGAUUUGCCAAUUUACAAAUAUAUUCAAAAACCAAAAAAUAUUAAUCUAGAUAUAAAUAAUGAGAAUAAGCAUAUAUUAUCACAUUUAAUUUUCUUUACAAUAAUGUAUCAUCAUCAUCUUAAUAUGAGCAAUAAAAUAUAUAUAGAACAAUUAAUAAUGCAUGAUGAAAAAAACAACAGGAAGAAAAAAACAAAAAAUGAUAAACAUGAUAUAGAUAACGAAAAGAAAGAAAAUAAAAUUAUAGAAAUAUAUGAUAAUUAUAAGAAUAAAUCCAGAAAACUUAAAUGUUUAAAUAAAAUUUUUAAUUCAAAUUCUUUUGAAAAAUAUAAUAAAUCAUUAUUUCUAAAUGAAAAAAACAAUUGGCCAUAUGAUAUAAAAUUAAAUUCCUUAUUAGCAUCAAAAGAUAGUAUUACAUUAUAUAAUGAUACAAGUUAUCUCACUUUUUAUGGAUUACUAAAUAUAAUAGCUAUAGGAAUAAAGUUUAAUUUUUUUGAAAGUUCGUUUAAAAUAUCUAAUUAUGUUUUUAGGUAUAUAUCGGAAGAUAACGUCAUUUCAAUUCAUGUUCGUAUUAUGUGGUUGUCUAUGUAUGUUUUUAAAAAAUAUAAUUCAAAAUGUCUAUCAAGAAAAGCAGAAAUAAAUGAAAUUAAAAAUAAUUUAUUUAUAAAUUAUCUUUAUACAAAUCAAUCAUAUGAAAGCAGCAAUGAUAAUAAUAUUGAUAGUAAUAGCAAUGUACAAAGAGAAAAUUUUAUAAAUGAACAAUUAACUACUACCAAGCGAAUGAUUUUUAAAGACGAUAUUAACGAAUAUAAUGAUUUAGACAAAGAUUUAAAUUAUUCUUAUCAUGAGAAAUAUGAAAAACAUGAUAAUUAUAAUUAUAUUGAUAGUGAUGAAGAUAAUUUUUUUCAUUUCGCUAAGAUAGAUGUAUAUAAAAAAACAUAUGAAAUUUGUUCAAAUAUUUUAAGUAAUUACUUCAUUUUUUUUCAUCCAUUUUAUUUAGAUUUUUAUCUAUCUUUAGCUUGGUAUAAUAAAAGCGCAAAAAAAUAUAGAGAGUUUUUGUUUCUUUUGAGAGCAACUAUUUUAUUACAAAUAAAUAUGAGCUUAAAGAAUUAUAAUGAGCAGAAAAUUGAAAAUAUAAAACUAAGUGAUGAUUUUGAUAAUCUGGUUUAUUCUAAAUUUAAUAGAAAUAAAAAUAAUAAUGAAAAGAGUAUAUUGAAAGAGGCAAAUAAAAAUGAAUCAUAUUUUUUUCUAAAUGAUAUAUGUUAUCCGCAUGAAAAAUUAUUUUUAUAUGAUAAUAUAAAAUUAAUACCAAAAACUAAUUCUUUUUAUAAUAUUAGAUUGGCUAGCACAUUACAUUAUUUUGCAAAUUCUCUAUUUUAUUAUUAUAAUACUAAUAAAAUUGUUAAAAAAUAUAAAAGUAAUAAUUUUGUCUUGAGUAGUUCUUUUUAUUGUAUAAAAGUGUUAGAAAGUGUAAAAAAUAUAUUUCAAUUUUUUAAUACAAAAAAUAUAAAUAUAGCAAAAGUAUCAUUAGACUUAUCUUUAAUGGCUUUAAAAAUAAUGUUUUCAGAAAAAGAAUCAAAUAUAGAUAAAAAUAAAAUGAUGAUAUAUGCUUUAAUAAAUGCUAAACAUGCAGAAAAGAUUUUUAGACAUAACUAUGGAAUAAACAAUAUAGAUACAUUAUAUUGCAAUUACGUUUUAAGUUUAAUUUAUAUGCAUUUAGAUAAUAAAAAUUGUAUAUAUAUAUUUGAAGAAGUAUAUUAUUAUUUAAUGAAUUACAAUUAUACAUAUCAUGAUAAAAAUAUUGUAAAUGAAAUUUUUUGGUAUUUUCCUGAAAACAUAGUAACAUUAAAAUGUAAUGAUGGUAAAGGGAUUUUAGAUAAAGAUAAAAUAAAAUGUCAUUUAUUCAAUAUUUAUAUAAAUAUUUUUAUUCCUUUUAAAUACUUAAGGAAAAUUAUGAAGAUAUUAUUAUUACUUUAUUCUACUGAAUUAUACAAAAAUAACAAAGAUGUUGAAGUCCUAAAAUUGUCUACAGAUUUAUACGACUCAAAUUUAUAUUCUUAUGAAAAAAUUCUUGUGUAUAUAAAGACAUAUAAAUACAUUUUAGAUAAAAAUGAAUUAUUUUCUCAAAUUUAUGAAUACAAUGAAUUGCUAAAAAAUAACAAAAACAUAAUAAAUCAGUUAAAAAAAGUAAAGACAAAAGAAAAUUAUAUAUAUACAGAAAAUCAUCAUGAAAUGAAUUUUAAUUUUUAUGAUGAUCAUAAUGUUAACAUAGAAAAUUUUGUUAAGAAUAUUCAAAAAUAUGAAAAUAGAAAUUUUGAUGAUAUUUUUUUCGGAAAUAAAAAGAACAUUGAUUUUAUUCUAGAAAAUGAAAAUCACAAUUUUAAAAAAUAUAAAAGUGUAACAGCUUAUUACCUAAAAAAAUUAAUAAAUAAUGUUGAAUACAAAGUAAAAUUAUUAUAUGAAGAAGAAAAAUAUUUAUUUGAUACAAGAGAAUAUUCCAAUAUAAAAAAUAAAAAUAUGUAUUUAAAAAUAAUGAAGUCUAUAAAAUUAAAGAGAAUUAAUAGAAAUGCUUAUGCACAAAACUUAGUUAAUAAUAAAAGUAAAAAUAUUAUAUUUGAUACUAGCACAAUUGAUACUGUGUCUAUUUUUAAUUCAGACGAAGGUGAACAUAGUGACUCAAGUAAUUCUUAUAAUUAUUCUGAUAGCUCAAUGACUUCUUCUCUUGAUAGAAAUAAAUCUAACAAAAAUAUUAAUAACAAAAAAUUUUCUAGUAAAGUAUUUAAUUUAAAUAAUGAAAAAACAAUAAAAGGAAAAAGUAAAUUAGCAUUUAACAAUGAUACACAUAUUUUUAUGAGCAUACUUUAUUAUUUUUUAAAUUAUAAAACUUUUGAAAAAAUUUACACACAAACAAGAAAAUAA